ACGCAUCUGUCGGCUCGGAUGCAGCAGCUUCCUCUCUGCUUCAGUCAGUCAGACCGCCGAGGACACUGCCGGAGGAUCCAGCCCCACAAAUCUCUGCUGAAGUAAGUCUUAUCACCGAAACGAGCCACACUGCGAUUUAGACUGGGAUCAGCACGGGAAAACACACAAGGAAGGGGUCAAACCUAAAAACUCUCAUCAUCCGCUGCCUCAUUUAAAACUUGAUACCGGAGUAUGGGAGUCGUCGGCUCGGAUGCAGCUCCACACCGGCUUCAGAAGUUGGACAGCCCGCAAUUUGAAUGCCAUGACUCUUGACUUUAGACAACAUUUCCAGCGCAGUGCAGUAUUUAAGAAACCAAAAGGUGGACUUCUCCCUUGUGUGCCGAUUAUGUGUCCUCGGAGGCUGUUAUUAGCUGAUCAACAUGUGGCACCUAAUGGGCACCUUUAGUCUUUUCUGAGACAUGGAGCAUUAGUCUAUCGAUCCCUGAAGAACCCGUGGGUGCUACUUAUUAUUCACAGUAAUGGAAUGAAGAAACUAUCUCGAUAUGAUGGACGAAAGAUCCAGUAAGCUCAUCUUGGUGCCUAUCUUAGCUGUCCUUUUUGUUAUGAUAGGCUACCAGUACAUAUGUCCCGCUGGCAGCAAUUCAUGCCACUUUAAGGCUGAGGAGAAAUUAAGGGGGGUAAGCCUACUUUCCACCCCGUACCAGGACAGCGAUGAUUUCUACAGAGAUCAAGACCUGGAGGAUGACAGCCCUCCUAAACUACCGUCCAAAUUCAACUUCACCGAAAGAGACCUUGACAGACACGUGGAGUUCAACAUCAAAGGGGACGACGUGAUAGUGUUUUUGCACAUCCAGAAGACCGGAGGAACCACUUUCGGGAGGCACUUGGUGAGGAAUAUUCGCUUGGAGCAGCCGUGCGACUGCAAGCCAGGACAGAAGAAAUGCACAUGUCACCGACCAGGGAAAGAGGAGUCCUGGCUCUUCUCCCGGUUCUCUACCGGCUGGAGCUGCGGGCUGCAUGCAGACUGGACUGAGCUGACGAACUGUGUACCUGUCAUUAUGGAUAAGAAGGAAGCCCAGAGGAAUAAAAGGAACUUCUAUUACAUCACCAUGCUGCGCGACCCCGUGUCCCGCUACCUGAGCGAGUGGAAGCACGUCCAGCGAGGAGCCACGUGGAAGACGGCCCUCCAUAUGUGUGACGGACGCUCGCCCACCCAGGACGAGCUGCCAAACUGCUACAUCGGAGACGACUGGUCCGGGGUCACCCUGACGGAGUUCAUGAACUGCCCGUCCAACCUGGCAAAUAAUCGACAGGUCCGCAUGCUGGCUGACCUGAGCCUGGUGGGCUGCUACAACCUGUCCUCCAUGAACGAGAGCCAGCGGAACCACAUCCUUUUGAGCAGCGCCAUGAGCAACCUGAAGAACAUGGCUUUCUACGGCCUGACCGAGUUUCAACGCAAGACCCAGUACAUGUUUGAGCGGACGUUCAGCCUGCGCUUCAUCGCCGCUUUCACGCAGAUCAACAGCACGCGAGCCGCCAACGUGGACCUGAGCGAGCCCGUGCGCAGACGCAUCGAGGACCUCAACUAUCUGGAUGUGCAGUUGUACGAGUACGCAAAGGACCUGUUCCUCCAGCGAUUCCAGUUCACCCGCCAGAGGGAGCACCAGGAGGUUCGCUUGAAGAGGCGCGAGGAGAAGCGUUGGCUGAAGGAGCAAAAAGAGCAAGGGAGGCCAUGGCCGCCCAAACACAAAGGGGGAGGAAAUGCAGGUGGGAGAAGGGGAGGAGGGUCGGAGAAAGGGACUGAGGGUGAGUUCCCCACCACCACGGAGGACUACACAAGCCAAGUGGCCCGUUGGUGAGGCUGUGGUCUUAAAAGAGAGGAGCAGGAGAGAGAUUCCUCACAGACUUGUUUAAAGCUUUGACUCUCUCUCGCACAUCCGGUGUUUCUCUCUCUUUGUCUCACCAAUUAUCUGUCUCAUGCAUCCGUCUGUUUUUCAGCUUCAGUGUGAUCCAAGUGCUCUGCUGUUUCUUUAGGAAAACUGCCAAGUCGGUGCGUCUCACAGCAGCUCUGCCUUGGAGUGCCCUUUGGUGUCUUAAAUCUUUAAAUGCUGUUUAUGAAUUGUUUUGGUCAUUUAAUUUUUGCCUUAUCAUGUGUUGAAUAAGACAUUGAACUGAGGUGAAGGGAGAAAAAAACAAUCAAAAGAAGCUGCCAUUGCUUUAUUUUGACAUUCAGAAGCAACAAUAAGGAAUGUCAUGAAGUAUUUGUUGCAACUUUCUCCUUUUGAAAGAUGUUGUAGAAGAAGUUAUGCUUGCAUGUCACACGUCCACAUUAUACUGACAAUUGGGGAGAGUGAUUUCCAAAAGAUAUGCAGUACUGUGAGCCAAAGUUAAUUCAAAUCACCAUGUAUUUAUUGUAUUUUUAUUCAAUGACAAUGAAACCCUCUCUAAAGACUUUGUUGUAUGCAUGCAAAACCCAUAUUUUAAACCAAAUUACAGAAGACUAUAUCUGAUUGUUAUAUUUUGGUUACAGUUCAAUAUAUAUUCAUUUCCUCAAGUGCAAUACCUUGCAGACUUUAGCACGUCACACAGAGAUAUCAUGUGCUGUACACACAGUGUUAAUCACAAAGAAAAUGAGAAAGGAAACAAGUUCUCUGUGAGGAAAAAAGCAUAUUCUGUGAAUAAUUCAACAAGUAUGUGGCAGAUAAAAACUUGGUAAAUAGUAAAGGUGAUGAAAUGUGUCAGUGUGGCUGGUGUGUGGCCGGACUGUGAACGAGAUGAUCAGCAUUCAGCUCUCACGCCCCCCCGUCACACUGGCUGCUUUUACAUGUUUGUAGAGCUGACGGCACUGUGGGCAGCGAGAGCGCUUUAAUGCCAGCAGAGCCCCCAGCUCACAAACACCAGCCUCAGAGCAGGGAGUCGAGAAAUAAAACACAUCUGUCAUUUUGUCUGCCCGAACGUUUCCAGUCCCUCAAAUCCAAUCAGCGAGCCAAUACGUGAAGAUAAAAGAGGGCUUGUUUUUAUCUGCUUAAAUAGGCUUCAGUGAUGCUUUUUAUGCCUCUCAUCUCACAUUCACUCAAAACCCCUGCUUGUCAAAUUAAACGCUCUCUAAAUGUCAACACUGAAGUGGUACGGCUGCUGCUAUUUUAAGUCAUUUUUCAUGUUUCUUCUUUUAUUGCCGUUAAUAUGAAAUACCUCGGAUGGCACAGGUUUGUUUCGGUUUAGAGAAUCACCGUCGUCUUGUUUGAGUGAUUAAUUUGGAUCGUACACUGAAUGUGGUGAAUGAAUACAGGUUUGAGCUGUGGGUCUGUAUGGGUGAACUUGUCUGUACGGAUGCACUCACUUCACUGAGAGUGUGGAUGGGUGGAAGAGAACAAAAACAAGGUGUAUAGCACAUUGAUAACUCUCAGCCAAGUGUUUCAGGAGCUGCAGCACUGAAUAUUAAAUCCUUCUGUGCUGAAUGUAUUACUGAAUUCAUGAAGCUUGUGUUGUAGCAGGGAAAUAUAUUUGUGACAAAAUUAUUAUUUUUGAUUAUAAUUAUUGACAAAGGCUCAUUUUUUAUAUCUGUGUCUCAAUAAUACUUUAUGGCCUAAACUCCACUCCAUUAAUUUGAUUUUGUAACAUUUCAUGCAACUUUAGAUGUAGGUGUGUCAUUAAGAAUGAUCCAAUAACAUUAAAUACUAUGAAAAUAUUCAGAUUGAUUGUCAACAUCUUUGACAAAAAAAGACUGUGUGGGUGUGGUUUGAUCAGAUGUAUCUAAAGUAAAUCAAUAAAAAAUACACAAAGCAACUCAAUAACUAAACUUCAAAUUCCUACUUAAAUAAAAAGAAAAUGUUAAGUUGGAUACAGGAUUAUUACUGUACUGUAAAUACUUUAAUAAAUGAUGGCUGAAUUCCAUUAAGCUUCAGAUUCAGGGUCGUCAUUUUUUCAUUGUUUGGUUUAAUCAUAAGUAUGUACUUUUCAGAUAAGCUCUUCAUUUACCACAGGCAACAUAUAUGCAUUAAAUGAUCAUCCUAUUAGACCGGAAGAAUUUCUUUUUUAAAUGGGAAUUUUCAACAGAACGUUCAUUUUGAAAAUGUCUUUUAAUAAACCAACAUGCAGCACUGCUGUGUCACAAGCUGUAGAAAUUACAAUGGCCCCCGAUGACAGAUGGCAUGAGCACUGCAGGAGCAGUACGUGUGCUGUACAGCUAUUAAUGAAACACUUACGAAAAACUACGUUGUAAAUGCGCUAUACCCAUGUUUAUGUGAGUGUGUGAGGUUAUUUUGCCUAUCAUGUGUAUAUUUGUUGUUGUGAUCAUUAACACCUGUGUUGUGCUGCCUCAAAGCCUUCGACACAGAAUACAGACUGAUCACCUAGAGAUUCACUUGAGAGGCAUAGAGCAAAGAAAGGAACUGAAAAGGUUCAACACGUAAAUAACAUCUGUUGUGUUCAUGUGUAAAGAAGCUACUGUGAGAGAGAUCACCACAGAGAUCAAAGAAGAAGAAGGGGAAGAAGUAGCACAUCUCAAUCAGCUGUAACACCUGCAAAUAGGGGUUUCCAUGGAGACAGUAACUGCUGAGUGACUCCCGGGUCCGUUCAUUCAGCAAAAAUUGAGCUAAUUUUAGUUUAUUACUCAAAGAGGGUCCUAUAUCCUAAUGUUGACACUGUGCGAGAGAGUGGACUCAGCUGAACGAGUUGCAGCAUAAUAUGUUAAUAAUGUCAAAAACGUAGGAAAAUAGCAACCAAAAAUUAUUUAAUUUUCUCAGCAUUAUCAUCGUAAAAUGUCAUGUCAAUGCAGUGAAAAUGAAAGAAUAAUUGUGAUAAGUGCAUUAGGGGUUCUGCUAAAGGCAUCAGUCUUUUCAAACAAACCUUGCUUUAUGAAGAAAAACAACUAAUUUACAGUUAGCGAGGCUGUUCCACCUCUCCUCUCAUCAAAACAGGAAGUGACUGAUCGGUUUUAUUCUGUCUGUAAACCAUAAUACUGAAGCUACGUAUGUAGGGUUUCUACCUAAAAAAAUAUAUCAAUAAUGUAGUGUAGGUUUAAAGCCUUCAAUAAAGGCUACGAAAGACAGAUCUUUCUACAAUUUAAAAUAAUAAUAAUUCGCUGUCAAAGAGUAUUACAAAUACAACAUUUUUAUUAAUUAGCUGGAAAUGUUGAAAAGAAAAUUUAGCCAAUUGCUGUUGGCCAUUAAUCUCAUCAAUUAGGCUACAUUAAGAUAUUUACUGUACAUCCAUACCAGCAUAAUCAACAACAUAUUUAGACGUGUAAUGGCUGAGAUCUAGUAAAACUUGCAAAAAAUGUUUGAGAAGUCAAAUAUUUGUAUUAUUCAGUCAGUGUCUACUUUUAUUGUUCUGUCAGCUGCUGCUUAUUCCCUUGAAACACAGAAAAUGAAUAAGAUAUUUAAACUGCAAAAUGGUUAAAAAUAAAACAACAGUACACUGCUCAAUUUUUUGGCUUAUUAUUUCUGUGACUUCUUAAUACAUAUUUCUCCUAAAAGACUUGUAAUGGACUGCAAAUAGGAAAAGUAAAAACUCAAAAUCUCUUAAACGAUUGUGUGAAUAAAGAAAAGGGGAUAACAAGGAUUUUUCACUCAAAAUGUUAAUGACAUUUUCAUAAAAGUGUGACAUGCCGCUAUAUUAUAGAAGCAUUGUAAUGAAGUUGUACUGCCACAACAUGUCUCUGAUAAGAUGAUGUACAUUUAUUUGUUUAUUUAUAUAGUUUUAACUGUUGCUAAAGAAUGGCUUUGCCUGAUGGGAAGUAACAGAAUUACCAACACCUCAGUGAUGAUGGAAGACAGCUUAGUGUAAGAAUGUAUAUGUACAUGUUAAAGUCUUGUGAUGAAAUGAACGGUUUAAGAGCCUUUUGGCGUGUAAUAUUUAAUCUGCCACUUUGUCAGACCUGAAAAAAUGAGUUAAUUCUGCUUAUAAUAUCAGAAAUAAAUGCAUUGAAUGGCCAUGACAUUAUGGUGUGUUUUUUUAUAUUUUUCAACUAACCUACUUGAGGUUUUGUUUGCAAGAAUGUAUAUUACCAAAAACUGAUUUUCGAAAUUGGUUUUCGAAGUUGUUUUGUGAACCAUCUCAAAGUAAACU